AUGCUGCAGUCACUUCAUCACAAAUAUCUAUCAAAUUGCAGUUUGUUCAUAUCUAUCUAUCUAUCUAUCUAUCUAUCAAAUUGCAAUUUAUCAAUGGCUUUCACAUGUUCUAUUCUGUUAUCUAUUGAUAAUGAUGGAAACUCUCUUUUGAGUCAAAGUUCUUUCAAUUCUUUGAGUCUUUUAUUCCAUUUAUCUAUAUCUAUCUAUAUACUAUAUUCAAUUGUCUAUCUAAUCUAUCUAUCUAUCUAUAUAUAUUAUAUUCAAUUAUCUAUCUAUCUAUCUAUCUAUAUAUAUAUAUAUUAUAUUCAAUUAUCUAUCUAUCUAUCUAUAUAUAUAUAUUAUAUUCAAUUAUCUAUCUAUCUAUCUAUCUAUAUAUAUUAUAUUCAAUUAUCUAUCUAUCUAUAUAUAUUAUAUUCAAUUAUCUAUCUAUCUAUCUAUAUAUAUUAUAUUCAAUUAUCUAUCUAUCUAUCUAUAUAUAUUAUAUUCAAUUAUCUAUCUAUAUAUAUAUAUAUUAUAUUCAAUUAUCUAUCUUUCUAUCUAUCUAUAUAUAUAUAUAUAUUAUAUUCAAUUAUCUAUCUAUCUAUCUAUCUCUCUCUAUAUAUAUAUUAUAUUCAAUUAUCUAUCUAUCUAUCUAUAUAUAUUAUAUUCAAUUAUCUAUCUAUCUAUCUAUAUAUAUUAUAUUCAAUUAUCUAUCUAUCUAUAUAUAUAUAUAUAUAUUAUAUUCAAUUAUCUAUCUUUCUAUCUAUCUAUAUAUAUAUUAUAUUCAAUUAUCUAUCUAUCUAUCUCUCUAUAUAUAUUAUAUUCAAUUAUCUAUCUAUCUAUCUAUCUAUCUCUCUAUAUAUAUAUAUUAUAUUCAAUUAUCUAUCUAUCUAUCUAUCUAUAUAUAUAUAUUAUAUUCAAUUAUCUAUCUAUCUAUCUAUCUAUAUAUAUAUAUUAUAUUCAAUUAUCUAUCUAUCUAUCUAUCUAUAUAUAUAUAUUAUAUUCAAUUAUCUAUCUAUCUAUCUAUCUAUCUAUAUAUAUUAUAUUCAAUUAUCUAUCUAUCUAUCUAUCUAUCUAUCUAUCUAUAUAUAUUAUAUUCAAUUAUCUAUCUAUCUAUCUAUCUAUCUAUAUAUAUUAUAUUCAAUUAUCUAUCUAUCUAUCUAUCUAUCUAUAUAUAUUAUAUUCAAUUAUCUAUCUAUCUAUCUAUCUAUCUAUAUAUAUAUAUAUAUAUAUAUAUAUAUAUAUAUAUAUAUAUAUAUAUAUAAGGCCCAACAUCUAAUGAAUCAACACAAUCUAUCUAUCUAUCUAUCUAUCUAUCUAUCUAUCUAUCUAUCUAUCUCAGUCUAUUGA